AAUACAGAUAGUUGAGUUACUAUUGAAGUACAUUACUGAAAUUAUUAUUAAAAUAUCAUUACCACUCCAUGAAAGUGAAGCUGACAUUACUGAUAAGCAGUUUGUGCUGGUUGAUUUAUUUGUGAAGAUGCUAUCAAGCCACACUGAGCUACACUGGCCACUAGUAAUGAUGGUUUAUGAACUAGUACAUGAUAAAUAUUUGGAAUUGACUGAUUCUCAUUAUUAUUCAUUGUCAGUUUUGUGUGUGUCUUUAUACAAAGAGGCUGUCAUUUAUCAAGACAUUGUGAUAAGAUGGCAGCCAUGUUGUGCCCUUGACUCAUUAGCAAUUCAAGAUUCUACUGAUUAUUGUUUAUUUUUCAUGAGUUCACUAGUUCAUGUUAAUACUAAAGGAAUGUUGAAAACUGCAAAGUUUUAUUGUCAUUUCUUUCAUAAUUUACUGACAUCAGGAGGAGCAGAUGAUAUUUUGAAAGCAGUUGUUGAUAAUGAUAGCAAUGUGAUUGAUAUAGUUAAUAAAUUUAAUUAUAUUAGUAAGAGGUUAGCAGCUGCCAGUUUGAUUGAUGUCCCGCCAAAAUUUAACGAAGAGAUAUCUGAUGUAAUAAAGAUGAUUGACAGUUUACGUGAAAUACCAAUAAUGUCACAGAUAAUAGAGACAACAAAAUUUGAUCCAAAUGUGUGGUUACCGUGGGAGCUGUCCUUUGACAUUAGCAGUGACUUUCUAACACCAUUAGCAAGGAGGAAGUUUAGAAGAGUGGCGUUAUCAAGUGUACCAGUGGUCAAACAGGUUGAGCUGGUUUUGUGUAGUGUCCUAUCGUUGCAAAUGAGAUAUUGCUCCAGUCAUCUUUUAGAGUCAAUCAGAGCAGCCAUUAAUAAUAAUCAGUUUGAAUCAAUACAACUUAUUAAUGAGUUGAUUGGCUUGGCCACACCUACUUUUGAGAGGCCCCUCCCACUUUUAAUGAAUUCAUUUGCCGUCAUACUUGAAAAUUAUGAUGAUAAUGAGUUGCACAAAAUCAAACUGGUUCAAAAUUUUAUGAGUUUAAUGUUAGGACUGCCGCCUUAUCUUGUAUUUGCAAACACACCCACUACUCUGCCCACGGAAGAAUCGUUAAUUAGUCUAGCACAGUUUAUUAAUGAAAAUAUA